UUAAGGAUGAUAAAUGGUCACCGCUACCGACCCUCACAGAACCUAACAUUCCUCUCCCUCUAUAAUGACAGAAGAAACACAAGCCAAAUGGGAAGGCAAGGCCACGGUUGAGCUAAGAGGCCCAACAGCAGACCAAGUAUGGCCUUGCUUGGAGGACUUCUGUAAUCUACAAAAGUGGCUUCCACGAGUGGAUACAUGCUACCGAGUUGAGGGUGAGCUAGGACAACCUGGCCUGGUUCGGUGCUGCAAUUUUAGCAAAGUACCAUCAGAAGGGAGUCAUGAAGAUGAAGAGAAUAAGGUCAUCUGGGCCAAAGAGAAGCUAAUAAUGAUCAAUCCAAGCGAACGGUGUCUAAGCUAUGAGAUCCUUGAAAAUAACGCUGGAUUCAAGUCAUAUGUGGCCACCAUUAAAGUAUCGCCUAUCAACGAUGGAGGUGGGGAUGGUCAACAUGGGUGCACGAUCGAGUGGUCCUUCAUUGCUGAUCCAAUUGAAGGGUGGCCACUGGAGGAUUUCAAUUCCUAUAUUAAUUCCUCUCUCCAGUUCAUGGGGGAAAAAAUGGAACGGGAUGUCCUAUCUAGAUAAUUUUAUUUUAAAAAUUGGCCUGUCUAGCUGAAAUUUGGUUUUUAAUUGAAUAAGAAGUACUGUUAUUAGCUUAGUUAUCAGGAGAAACACCUUGUCUAAGCCUUUUUUCAACUCCCAUGAAAACUUCUUCUGCAAUAAAUUUCUUGGUCUUGUAGAAAAUUUCUUGGUAAA